AUGGCGAGCAACAGGGCAUCAGCCGCCGCCGGCGGCGAGUACGAGAGCGGUAGCGACCACGACGGUGCGCUGCAGAAGCCGCUGCUGCUGCCCAACAGCGGGAGCGGGUACCGGAUGGGGAUGGGGUCGCGCCAGUCCAGCCUCAACGCCGCCGGCACCUCCUCCAUUGCCGUCCUACGUGCGUCCCACGUCCCCGCCUUGCUCUGCACGCUCAUCGUCGCUCUCGGCCCCCUCCAGUUGGGCUUCACCAACGGGUACUCCUCGCCGACGCAGGACGGCGUCAUCCGGGACCUCAAGCUCUCCAUCUCCGAGUUCUCGGCGUUCGGCUCGCUACCCAACGUGGGCGGCAUGGUCGGGGCGAUUGCCAGCGGCCAGAUGGCCAAGUACGUUGGCCGCAGAGGGUCACUGAUGAUUGCAGCGGUUCCGAACAUCAUGGGCUGGCUUGCAAUCUCCAUCGCAAAAGACACUUCGUUUCUGUACAUGGGAAGAUUGCUUGAAGGAUUUGGUGUCGGUGUCAUGUCCUAUGUGGUACCAGUAUACGUAGCAGAGGUAUCUCCUCAGAACAUGAGAGGAGCUCUUGGUGCUGUGACCACGUUGUCUGUAACCGUUGGUGUCUUGCUUGCAUAUGUGCUUGGCUUGUUUUUUCCUUGGAGGAUUCUUGCGUUAAUAGGAACCUUGCCCUGCUUAUUGUUGAUACCUGGCCUAUUCUUCAUUCCGGAAUCUCCAAGAUGGCUGGCAAUGAUGAAUAGGAUGGAUGAUUGCGAGACUUCUCUACAAGUUCUGAGGGGAUUCGAUGCUGACAUCACUGCAGAAGUUAAUGAUAUAAAGAUAGCUGUAGCAUCAGCAAACAAAAGUGGUACAUUACGUUUUCAAGAGUUGAUCCAAAAGAAAUACCGCAUGCCCCUAAUUCUAGGAGUUGGCCUACUUGUGUUGCAACAGCUAAGUGGAAUAAACAGUAUAAUCUAUUAUUCAGGUAGCAUCUUCAAAGCUGCAGGGCUCAAGAACAGUAACUUGGACACAUGUGUACUUGGAGCUAUUGGGGUUCUUGCCACUGGUGUUACAAUCACGUUCUUGGACAGAGCUGGCCGGAGAAUCCUCCUUAUUAUCUCAUCUUCUGGGAUGACCCUAAGCCUUCUUGCAGUUGCUGUUGUAUUUUACAUCAAGGAUAAUAUUUCAAAUGACUCUGGCUUGUAUAACAUCUUAAGUAUGGUGUCCUUGGUUGGUGUCGUGGCUUAUGCCAUUUCCUACUGCUUCGGUAUGGCUGCCAUUCCAUGGAUCAUUAUGUCUGAGAUCCUUCCGGUUAGCAUCAAGAGUGUGGCAGGAAGCUUCGCGACCCUUGCCAACUGGUUGACAUCCUUUGGAGUAACAAUGACAGCAAAUUUGCUUCUGAGCUGGAGUGCUGCAGGUACAUUUGCCUCCUACAUGAUUGUGAGUGCUUUCACUCUCAUGUUCAUCAUCCUUUGGGUGCCAGAGACAAAGGGAAGAACCCUCGAGGAGAUACAAUGGUCCUUCCAUUGA